AUGAAUGCAUUGUCUGACGACUCGACUGCCGACGGGCGACAGCACCCCCGUCAAAGAUUGCAGCGUGCUCUCUCGUUGUCAUCGCGUGAUUCUGAUGGUUCUGGAAGUGCUUUGAGUGGUAACACCACAGUGGAUGAUCCUUCCUUCCAAGAUGAGGACGACGAGCUCGAAUCCUGCCUCGGAGUUGAUGAGGGAGAGCAAUCGCCGGGAAAUGAGUAUCUCGGCCACACUGAAGCGGGAAUGAAUUUGACGAAUCAUAUGUUGGAAGAUGUCAGCAAUCGAUUGGCAGCGGUGGAAGCGGCCAUUCAAAACGUGACUGAUACGGGAAGGAAAACGACGAGUGGUCGUCGUCGCUCUACCAGACAGACCGCGCAACCGCGGCAGUGA